UGGGAUCUCAUCAUUACCGAGCGGAUGGACGGACAGGAAGGAAAAUAUAAAUUCAAGUCCUUGCAGUGAUAAGCGCUUAGACGAAUAAACAAUCGCUGAAGUCAUAAACUGCGCUUGCUCGUGGAUGUGUGACAGUCGCGCCCGCGUGCGUUGAGCCAGCCGAACUCGAGGCAUUCGCUCGGGCUCUGCUUCUGUCCACUGAAGGUCAGAGACUUCAAACCGAGAAGCAGAGGCGUCGCCACCCGCCGACUCAGCAGUCAUGGCUGGGGCGAAACCGGGAGUACACGCGUUGCAGCUCAAACCGGUGUCUGUCCAUGAGGUGCUCAAACGGGGGAGCAAGUUUAUCAAAUGGGACGAGGAGGCCAUACCCACCCUCGUCACCCUUAAAGUGGACCCAGAUGGAUUCUUCCUCUACUGGUCUGGAGGGACCAGCAUGGAAGUGGAAAUCCUGGACAUCAGUCAAAUCAGGGACACCAGGACAGGGAGGUUUGCCAGGUUUCCAAAGGACCUACGUUUACGUGAGACGUUGGGUUUGAUCAAAGGAGAUUCCUACUCCGAAUCAAAGCUGCUAACUAUCGUCUUCGGCAAUGACCUGGUCAACCUCUACUUCCUCAACUUCCAAGCUGUGCAGGAGGGCUAUUGCAAGGUGUGGACUGAUGAGCUGUUUAAACUUGCCACAAACAUACUGUCCCAGAAUGCUUCCCGCAACACCUUCUUAUUCAAAGCUUACACCAAGCUGAAGCUGCAGGUAAAUCAGGAUGGGAGAAUCCCAGUGAAGACCAUCCUGAAAAUGUUCUCAGAUAAGAAACGUGUGGAGAUGGCACUGGAGCACUGCGGUCUGGUCAAUAACAGGGCUGAUGGUAUAAAACCAGAUUACUUCACCUGGGAAAUGUUCCAGAACUUUCUCAACAAACUAAGUCCCAGACCAGAAGUGGAGCGUAUCUUCGUGGAGCUUGGCUCCAAAGGGAAGCCCUUCCUGUCUCUGGAUCAGUUGAUGGACUUUAUAAAUCGCAAACAGAGAGAUUCUCGACUAAAUGAGGUUCUUUACCCACCGCUCAAGCGAGAUCAGGUCCACCAGCUCAUGGAGAGAUAUGAGACCAACACCAGCCAGCUGGAGAGAGAUCAGAUCUCCCUGAUGGGCUUGGCAAAGUAUCUUGGUGGGGAGGAGAACUCUGUGGUUCCUCCUGAGAGGUUGGACCUCAUCGAUGAUAUGAACCAACCCCUGUCCCACUAUUUCAUCAACUCUUCACACAACACAUACCUCACAGUGGGUCAGUUGACGGGCACGUCAUCAGUGGAGAUGUACAGGCAGGUGUUGCUGACAGGAUGCCGCUGUAUAGAGCUGGACUGCUGGAAGGGCCGCCCACCUGAGGAAGAGCCAAUCAUCACGCACGGUUUUACCAUGACAACAGAGAUUUCAUUCAAGGAAGUAAUUGAGGCCAUCGCUGAAAGUGCGUUCAAGACGUCUCCCUACCCUCUCAUCCUGUCCUUUGAAAAUCAUGUAGACUCGGCAAAGCAGCAGGCUAAAAUGGCAGAGUAUUGUCGCACUAUGUUCGGGGACGCUCUGCUCAUUGAACCCCUGGAGAAAUAUCCACUGGAUCCUGGUCAGCAACUGCCAAGCCCCCAGGAACUCAUGGGGAAGAUCUUGAUCAAGAACAAGAAGAAACAUCACCACAGGGCCUCUAACGGUGGGAGCAUCAGACGCAAGGACGGGACAGACGAACAGUCCUCACCCUUGAAUGAUUGUCCAUUGUCUGAUGGGGAGGUGGGCCAGCUCAUGUCCAAUGGGGGCGAGAAGCUUGCAGAGAGGAUGGCCAAAGAUCUUGAUAUCCGCAAGUCUAUUGACCAGGGAGAUGGGGAGAGUGAUGAAGAGGAGGAAGAGGAACCCAUUCCAGAUCCAAAGAAACACAACAACACUGAUGAGGGUACUGCAUACAGUGAGGUGAACGCUACAGAGGAGAUGUCUACGUUGGUCAACUACAUAGAACCUGUCAAAUUCAAAUCCUUUGAGGCGGCAUCCAAGAGGAAUAAGUAUUUUGAGAUGUCAUCUUUUGUGGAGACCAAAGGCAUGGACACAUUGAAGAACUCUCCCAUGGAGUUUGUUGAAUACAAUAAAAAGCAGCUGAGUCGCAUCUACCCCAAAGGGACGCGUGUGGACUCUAGCAACUAUAUGCCACAGCUCUUCUGGAACGUGGGUUGCCAAAUGGUGGCAUUAAACUUCCAAACUCUCGACUUGCCGAUGCAACUUAACAUGGGGGUGUUUGAAUAUAACUGCCACUGUGGUUAUCUGCUCAAGCCGGAGUUCAUGAGACGCACGGACAAACACUUUGACCCCUUUACUAUGGGCAUUGUGGAUGGCAUCGUAGCCAACACAAUUAAAAUCAAGAUCAUCUCAGGUCAGUUUCUGAACGAUAAGAAGGUUGGUGUUUACGUGGAGGUGGACAUGUUUGGACUUCCUGCAGACACUAAAAGGAAAUGUCGAACGAAAACAUCUAACAACAACUCUCUGGACCCAGUCUGGGAUGAUGAAACCUUUGUGUUCAACAAGGUGGUGUUGCCCACCCUAGCAUCUCUGCGAGUAGCAGUGUAUGAAGAAAAUGGGAAGUUUAUUGGCCAUCGUAUCUUGCCAGUAUCGGCACUGCGCCCAGGAUAUCACUACAUCUGUCUGAAGAAUGAGCUGAACCAACCGCUUUUGCUGUCAUCCCUGCUUGUGUACACUGAGGCACAAGACUACAUUCCCAAUGAGCACCAAGAGUAUGCAGAGGCUCUGACAAACCCCAUCAAACAUCUCUCUCUGCUGGCCCAGAGAGAAAGGCAGCUAUUAGCACUUAUGGAGGAUCCCACUGAGGGUGGACCUGUGAAACAGGAGGAAGGAGACAAGUUUGACUCUGGCUUCGUGACCUCUAUUGACCCUAUCUGCCCUCUGCCGUCUCCAAUAAUUCCUUCUGUGCUCACCGAGGUCCUGAACCCUCCUGCAUCAGGCCAAAAAGAAGAUUUAGUCAACAAUAUUCUUAAAGUAAUCGAACCUCAGUCCACUGAUGAGCUCAAACAGCACAACUCCUACCUGAAGCUGUUGAAGAAGCAAUGCAAGGAACUCAAAGAGCUGAAAAAGAAACAUCUCAAAAAGAUGUGGGCUCUCAGUAAGGAACAAAGGACUUGCUGUAAUCAGCUGAACUCUGACCUCCAGAGGAAACGGAGUCAGGUGGAGAAGCGCCUGCGUUCCAGUCUGAAGAAAAAUGGGUCAGAGGAGCCGGUGCAGAGGGAAUUGAACGUGCUGAAUCUGGAGCUGCAGAAACAGAUGGAGCAGUUCAGAGAGGAGCACAUGCUGAAGCUUCUUGCACUUAGACAGGCACAACAUCAGACAGAGAAAGAGGAUAAACAAUUCCACCUCAAAGAGGCCAAUCAGAAACUGAGGGAAAUCGCCCUAGAAUGCCAAGCAACCCAGAUCAAGAAACUCAAGGAAGUGUGUGACAAAGAGAAGAAAGAGUUACAGAGGAUUCUGGACAGGAAGAGGCUGAACAGCAUAAUUGAGGCCAAGAAAGCAGAAAAGGACAAGGCUGAGGCCAGGGAGCUGAAUGAGAUCAAUAGAAAACAUAUCAGUGAUUCGGUCAACUUAAUCAGUCAGCUGGAAGUGUCUCAAGGGAAGCGUCAAGAGAAGUUAAAAGCCCUUCACAAGGACAUCCUUCAGAAAAUAGAGGAGGAGGUUCCAAUGGAUCAGGCCCGUCUGACACGCGACUGCGAGGCAGAGCUGAAGCUAUUGCCAGAGGAGAUCUCACAGUACCUGCAGGAGCUCGAGAGCAAAGGCUCUCGUAAAGACACUCUGAUGGAUCAGGCCAAUGACAGCCCCAGCUCCGGCCCCCCCUCUAACUGCAGCACGCCCCCUUAUUCCUCCCCCAACCACAGCUGGAGCAGCAUGGGCAAUAUCUCGCCCUCACUGCUGGACCCCUCCUCCACCUCAAACACUCCUGUCAAGUCAGAGACAGAUACUACAGGAGUGUACUAGUGAUACUACCAUUUGUUUUGUUUUUCUUAUCUCUCUCUCCAAUCUAUUUCUGUCCGCAACGGAUUUUAAGAGUAGAUAUAGUAUUGCUAAAAGGUGUAUGCAUUUUUAGAGGAAGGGGUUUUUUAUUUUUAAUUUUUUUUGCAUACACUUUACCACUGUCUGUCUGAAUCAAGCCUGAUGUCGUUUUAAUCCAUAACACAGUGGAUUUUAUUUAGCUUUAAUAAUGUGGUCUCUUGUACAUACUACCACCUGUACGUAAGAUGCCUGUGGAAACCAGAGGGAUGGGGUUUUCUAUUUAUUUCUGAUGUAUAUUGUGCUUUAUGUGUAGUGCAGCGAGUUGUCCUGAAGGAGGCAGUGUAAAUUUGGCAGUAAUCUGAUGCCGUGAUGCUAGCGCUAGGCUCAUGCUUAGUCUAAAAGGUACGUGUUUAUAAAAUAAUGCCCAGAUGGACUGUUGCUUAUACACCCCCCAACACAAUUCAUUUCACAGCGACGAAACAUCCUGUCUUGUGAAUGUUGAUCGGGUCCCGAGCAUGCUAUCUGAAAAAUGUGCAAAAAUUUCACCGCUUGCCACUUUGGCAGUACCCUUAAGGGACAACUUUGUACCUAUCUACCCCUAAAAGGUGCAUAUUAAUACUUCAGAGUAGUAAUAUGUACCCUUAAAGUAAUAACUUUAAGGGCUUAAUAAGGUACCAAGUUGUUCAUUUAAGGGGACUGUCCCAGUGGCAAGCUGCUAUAGGUGUAAAGAUACAAUUUCUGCACAUUUUUUUCUUAAAAGUGUAUAUUGUGUUUGUUUAUGUCCGAAGACACUUAAAUGUUUAAGUGCCUCACAUUUACAUGUACUUCGCUUGAACUCUCUCACCCAGUUAAUGCUUUCUAAAAUCCCAUAAUCCCACUCGCUGUCUUUCCCGUACCUCCCCCGUAUCUGUCUCUCUGUCGAAUGGCUUAAUCUAAUCUAAUCCAGAAUCUGUGUAAUUGGCAGUGAUCCCGCAUCUCACACUGUCUGAAAUCCAGUGAUGUCUAGGAAACUUCAUGCACCACCAUUUUAUUUUUGGCCAAACCCUGCUGAAUCUACCCGCGUUCUCGCUGCAGUUUCACGUCACAUCCCGUCUCAGGAACGCUGCACACAAAUCCCAUGUCUGGUUUAUCAAGGUCUAUUCAGAAUCAUGUUGCGUAAUAUGCAAAAAAGCAGAGCAUAUAAAAUGAGUUUUUAAUGUGAGAUUGAAGCAAGACUUUUACAGCUUAGCUCUGAUCACCACAAUCCAGGGCUUUUUUAAUCCAUUAGAAUGUAUGAUGGUUGGAUUUUGCUUUCUCGUACUGUAAUCUGGUUGCUGUAACCAGAUUACAGUAUACACACACACACACACACACACACACUUCCUUUUUACUUUAAUAUAUUUGGUCAGUUUUUUGGUUCUGUCCAAGUGUGUCUUAUCCCCAACUUUUUUUUCAUUCUCUUUGUGUCUCUCAGGGCUCUGUGGCUCAAUAUUAUUAAGGCAGUUGGCGUUGAGCGAGCAUCAUUCACAUUGGUGUGCUUGGUGCUUUAUGAUCUUGAUGGAAGCACUUUGAGAAAGACAAUGAUUACAGCACUUAUGAUUAUCAAACAAUUACAUUUGCUGAGCGAGUAACCUAAUAUGCAUCAUGGACAUGACAGUUCUUCUCCAUGCUUGGAUGAUAAUAUUUCCUAGUGUGAUUUACAAAGUGUGUAUUUGUAUGUAUGUAUGUGUGAGGUAAGCGCUGGCUGUGAGAAUGGACACUGCACAGUAGAGUUUAGAAAGCCAGAAGGCAAAAGGGCUGAAGUGAGAUCUUUUGUUAUGAGAAGUGAGCGUUAAUGGUUUGCGUGAGUUUAUAUGACUCAGCCCAUAUAAUGUGUUCAUAUGUUAAGUUGAUAGCUUUAUAUACCCAUAUGAACAGGGAUAAACGGUACUUGCAUGUCAACAUUUCCUCUCUCCAUGUCUCAUUAUCUUUGGAGAGGGAUAUUAGUGUUGUACAUACUACCAGGAAAUAUUCAUGUGUAUUUCAGUCGAAACCACAUGUGUUUAUAUCGAUUUACGUAAUUAAUUCAACUACUGACUAGAGGAGAAGUUGAGGGUGACGUCUGUCUUUUUGUUUGCGUCUUAGGCUGGUUUAGUGUCCCAACAACACACACACACACACACUAUACAGUCAUCCUAAGCACCGUCUUCUGCUGCCUGUCUGGCAUUUUAUUUCUUGGUUAAAAUGCAGAGCAGGUGUUUUUUUGUUUGUUUUGUUUUUUGGGAGUAACACCAAAUGCUUUAUUGCCUGUAAUUUUAUUUUUUUUCUUGACACUUUAUGAUUGUCUUGUUCUUGACAGUGGCAUGGUUCUAUAUUGUGCCUAUGUAAUAUCACAUUAUGGUUCUCUUGUGUGUGUAUAGAAUGGCACUGUUUUAUCAUUAAAAGAAAAACACCAUUUC